UAAAAUUAACCAAAAUAUUUGAUAGAAGGAUUCUUCAUUUCUUCAACAAAAAAUGGAAACUUUACUAACUCUAAACCCAUUAAAACCAACCCAUUUCUUCAAACACCCAAAUUCAAGAAUUUAUUAUAAUCCCAUCAUCACCAAAAACCAAAAAUUUUGUUUCUUUUCAACAGUUUCUUGUAAACUAACAUCACAGACAUCUAAAGAAACAACCCAAAACAAUAAGGUUGUGGUUCCUGGUGCAGCACCACCUUUGUCAGAGGAAAACGGGCCGAAACCGCCGAAUUUCGGACCGAAAAAGACUAAUGGGAUGGUUGUUAAAAGAUUAACCAAAAGGGUAUUGUCAGUUCUUGCUAAUUUGCCUUUGGCUCUUGGUGAAAUGUUUGCCAUUGCUGGUUUGAUGGCUUUAGGUACUGCAAUAGAUCAAGGUGAGGCUCCAGAAUUCUACUUCCAAAAAUACCCCGAAGAUAAUCCAGUUCUUGGGUUCUUUACAUGGAGAUGGGUACUUACUCUCGGGUUUGAUCAUAUGUUCUCAUCCCCUGUUUUCCUUGGAACGUUAAUUUUGUUGGGUGCAUCGCUUAUGGCUUGCACUUACACCACGCAAAUUCCCAUGGUCAAGGUAGCAAGAAGAUGGUCUUUCUUACAUUCGGCUAACACAAUUCGAAAGCUAGAGUUCUCAGAUUCUCUGCCCAAAGCCUCGAUUCAGGACUUAGGCGUCAUUUUGUCGGGUGCCGGAUAUGAGGUAUUCUUGAAAGGACCAUCUUUAUAUGCCUUCAAAGGGAUGGCUGGUCGGUUUGCUCCAAUUGGCGUGCACUUGGCUUUACUUUUGAUAAUGGCUGGUGGAACCUAUACUGCUACUGGAAGUUUUAGAGGUUCUGUGACAGUUCCACAGGGGUUAAACUUUGUUAUGGGAGAUGUAUUAGGACCAAACGGAUUCCUCUCUACCCCUACAGAAGCUUUUAACACCGAGGUUCAUGUUAACCGGUUCUACAUGGACUACUAUGACAGUGGAGAGGUGUCUCAGUUUCACACCGAUCUUUCUUUGUUUGAUAUCGAUGGGAAGGAAGUGAUGAGGAAAACAAUAAGUGUGAAUGAUCCUUUAAGAUAUGAAGGAGUUACCAUAUAUCAAACAGAUUGGAGCAUUUCUGCACUUCAAAUACUCAAAGACGGUGAAGGCCCUUUUAAUUUGGCUGUUGCUCCUUUAACCAUCAAUGGAGAUAAGAAGCUUUAUGGAAGCUUUCUGCCCGUAGGAAAUACUGAUUCUCCAAAUGUCAAGGGAAUAUCAAUGCUCCUUCGUGAUCUUCAGUCCGUUGUGUUAUAUGAUCAAGAAGGGAAAUUUGCAGGGGUUCGUAGGCCUAACUCUAAACUUCCAAUUGAAAUCGACGGUAUAAAAAUUGAAAUAGUAGAUGCAAUUGGAAGCAGUGGGCUUGAUAUGAAGACUGAUCCUGGCGUGCCCAUUGUUUAUGCUGGAUUUGGUGCGCUAAUGCUUACAACUUGCAUUAGUUAUUUGUCUCACACACAGAUAUGGGCAUUACAAGAUGGAACAACUGUAGUAAUCGGAGGAAAGACUAACCGAGCAAAGGUUGAGUUUCCCGAGGAGAUGAACCGUGUACUUGAUAGAGUCCCAGAAAUAAACGAAACUUCUGAUGUUAUUUGUGGCUAACGUACAUCCAUCUCCAGUUCAAAAAACAGACAGGUCACUUUUCUGACAAGCAGUUUGAUUUACUCGAAUAUACAAGUACAUACAUUAUAUGGAACCAAGAUUACAUCACACUCGAACGGCCUCAUUCAAUUUAUUGGGCAGUCUCGCGGCUAAAGAGACAUCAACCUCCACAUUUUGCAUAAUACCAAAAUUUGUUGAGAGACUGUAUAUACAUUUCUUGUGUACGAUUAAGUAUAAAUAUACACGAUAGCAAGAGUGUUAUGUAUAAGCAACAUUAUUUCAAAAACUUUUACACCACAAGAAAUAUAGUUAAGGAAAUAGUUUUUGCUGCUUU